AUGGUCACCAAGGGGAGAGGGACCCUCCUCCUGCUGCUGGUGUCAAGCCUGGUCCUGUACCGGAAUGUGGCCUCCCAUUCUUCCUGUAUCAAAGGGGCCCAAUGCCAGGUGACCCUUCAGAGCUUGUAUUCUGAGGCAACCAGCUUGUCUUCACUCAUGUAUGCCAGAUCUUCUUUACUGAUUCGGGAUUUUAAUAAGCGGUUUUCUCACACCCCAUCCUUCAUGCCAACCAUAAUAACGUGUCACACUGUUAUCAUCCCCACUCCAGCUGGUGGAGAGGCAGCCAGGCUGAUGCAGCAUAAAGAUAUUAUCAACGCAGUGAUCCGCUUGCUGCACUCCUGGAACGAGCCCCUGGAGUAUCUGGCUCAGGAAGCACACCUGCCAAAAUUCAAUCAUUCUCUCUCCUGCCAAGCAGAGAUUAUUGCUGAUGAAAACCAUCAACUUCAAGAAAUCACAAGUCAGAUAGCCAACCAGUUCUUUGAUCCUAAAAUCGCAAAAUAUGUGGACUAUGCUUUGUGGCCAGGACAUCAGUCUUUUAAGUCAUUUGAAGAACAGACUCGCCCGUUGGCUGUUUAUAACACACUUCGUUGCCUGUUCAAUGACACAAAGAGAAUCAACAACCUUCUUCAGUUUCUGAAGUGCCAAGAAUCCACUGAUAACAGCUGCAAAUCCCACCUCCGUUCUUUCUAA